AUGGCAAUCAGCAACUCCACGCAGAAGCCGCUCAUCGUCGCCCUAGGCGACCCCAAGUACGUCGGGCAGGACUAUCUCGAAGAAUUCAAGCGCGACCACGACUUCGCUGUCCUGCCCGCCACCAACCGCGCGGAGGUGAUAGAGCAGCUCCCCAAAUUCAUCGCCGCCAACCGACCCAUAGACGCCUUCGUCAUCCGCAUGGGCACCCCGCCGUACGAACCCUUUGACGAAGGGCUGCUGAAGGGACUGCUGCCGUCCUGCCGCAUCAUCACCUCGGCCUCGGCGGGCUACAACGAGUUCGAUGUCGAGUGGAUGACGCGCAGUGGUGUCUGGUUCUGCAACACUGUCAACGCCGUGGCCGAGGCGACGGCCGACAUGGCCGUGUUCCUCGUCUUGGCGGUGCUGAGGAACACCAGUCUGGGCGAGAAGGGUGUCAGAACCGGGACGUGGAAGACUGGGUUGGUGCCGAGUCGUGAUCCUAGGGGCUUGACGCUGGGAAUUGUGGGCUGUGGCGCUAUUGGCAAGUACACGGCCAGGAAGGCGGCGGUGUUUGGGAUGCGCGUCGCGUACCAUAAUCGCACGAGGCUGAGUGAGGAGGUGGAGAAGGAGUAUGGGCUGGUCUACUAUGGCACGCUGCAUGAGUUGCUUGGGGCGGCGGAUGUGGUGAGCGUGAGUUGCCCGUUGAAUCAGAAGACGACGGGGUUGAUUGGACGGGAGGAGUUCAAGGCCAUGAAGGAUGGUUCAUUCCUGGUGAACACCGCCCGAGGACCCGUGGUGGAUGAAGAAGCACUGAUCGAGGCACUGGAGAGCGGCAAGGUGGCACGAGCGGGCUUGGAUGUGUUUGCCAACGAGCCCAGCCCCAACCCGUACUUCAAGACGAGUGACAAGGUGGUGGUGCAGCCGCAUAUGGGGGGACUGACGGAUUUGGCAUUCCAGAAGUCGGAACGGGAAUGCUUUGAGAAUAUCCGAGCACUGUUCAAGACUGGAAGACCGGUGGCGCCUGUGAAUGAGAUUUCGGUGACGAAAUUAUAG